AUGGGGAGGCCUUCCUGUGUCGAACGCCUCCCUCCGGUCGCUCUCCGGCGCGGCGUCUCGGAUGCUUUCCUCCGCCCCCUUCUCCGGGGCUCAUUCCUCCGCUUCCUCGCCACCGCGGAGAUUACCCAUCCUCCGCGGAGGGGGGAAUUCCGUCGGGACCCCGGUUCUGAAGAGCACAGGCUCGCCUCUCUCGGGCGGCAGCGUGGAGUGGCGGCCGCUCGCGCCAUGGUCGACGGAAUGCCGCACCGGGAUGAUGAUGUUGACGCCGCCAUGGUCGCCAUCCACCUCAGGAGCCGCGACCUUCCGCGCGCGGAGGCUCUCUUCUGCGCGGCGCCACCGCUUGCCCGGGGACUCCAUCUUGACACCUUGAUGCUCGGUGGGUACGUCAAGUCUGGCCACCUCGACCGUGCCCGCAGGCUGUUCGAUGGAAUGGCGGUGAAGAGCGUGGUCGCCUGGACAUGCAUGGUCUCUGGAUAUUGCAGCGCGGGCCUUGUGGACGAGGCACGCCGCCUGUUUGAUCUGAUGCCAUGUAGGAAUGUCUUUGCGUGGACGACGAUGGUGCAGGGGUAUGCACGCAAUGGAAUGCUACGGGAAGCAAGGGAGAUGUUUGAUCAGAUGCCGGAGAGGAACGUGGUUGCUUGGACAGUCAUGGUUAAGGCCUAUGCUGACAAUGGUUGUAUCCAGGAGGCUGGGGAGUUAUUCAGCAGGAUGCCUCGGAAGAAUACAUAUUCUUGGCAUGCCAUGAUUACCGGUUUUAUGUUUGCUGGGAAAGUGGAUGAUGCGAUUGAGUUGUUUGAUAAGAUGCCACAUAGGAAUGUGGUUUCUUGGACUAUAGUGGUCACUGGCUUGGCACACAAUGGUUUUGCUUGUAAGGCCAGAGAGUUCUUCGACAGAACGCCAAAGAAGGAUACUCCAGCGUGGAACGCGAUGAUCACUGCUUAUACCAAGGAUGGCCAUCUGAAUGAGGCACGAAGGCUGUUUGAUCGGAUGCCUGCAAAGGAUCUGCUGACCUGGAAUAUCAUCAUCAAUGGGUAUUCCAUUAACGAACUUAAGGACGAAGCUUUGAGGUUUUUUCUUCUUAUGCUCCGCUCAGCAGUAUCUCCUGACAGCGCUACAUUAAUUAGUAUCUUACUAACAUCUGAGAGCACAAUGGAGGUUAGACAAAUUCAUGGGUUGUCUACCAGACUGGGAUUCCAGUCCGAAACUAACUUAGGAAAUACUCUCGUCACGAUGUAUUCUAGAAGUGGCGAUCUGUCAUCUUCAUGGCUUGCUUUCAGGGGUUUGAAUGUCAAGGAUGCCAUAACAUGGACAUCAACAAUACAAGCUUUAGCAAACCAUGGGUGCGCACCUUGCGCCUUGCAGGGUUUCGCCCAAAUGUUAAGGUAUGGAUAUAAACCCAGUUCAACUACCUUCACUGCAGUGUUAUCAGCUUGUACCCAUGUUGGAUUAGUCGAGAAAGGUCAAAAGAUAUUCAAAUCAAUUCACCAUGUUUAUGGACUGGAACCAACCAUUGAGCACUACUCUUGCCUUGUGGAUCUCCUAGGCCGAGGAGGGUAUGUGAGGGAAGCCAAGGAAGUGGUCGACAGUAUGGAGCAGGAUAUGUGUGAUGAGGCCAUUCUGGGGAUCCUGCUGGGAGCUUGCAUGACGCAUAAUGAGGUGGAGAUAGCAAGAGAAGUGGCUGAGAGUCUUGUCAAAAUUGACCCCUCUGGUUCAGGAGGCUAUACACUUUUAGCCAAUGUUUUUGCAUCAGGUGGGAUGUGGAAUGAUAUGGCAAGUGUGUGGAAGAUUAUAAAGGCGAGCAAAGUCAAGAAGACUCCUGGUUUUAGUCAGAUUGAAGUGAACGCAAGGAAUCAUGUUUUCUACUCAAGGGACCAGAUGCAUUCACAAUGCACAGAAAUUUAUGAAAUGCUAAAUUGCAGUCUUGUCCCUCAGAUGAAGGGUUCAUCAAGCCUAGGAACAGGCUCUACUGAUCAAAAUAUAUAUUAUAUAGUUUAGAGUCAUGCCCAAAUUAAAGGCUAUCAGUAGUUCAGUACAAUAUUGAUCUUGAUCCCCUGGUCAGGAAGUAGAAAGAACACGAUGCAACAGUCUUUGAAAACAAGCCGUCUUCCAUGAAAGAAGUGUGCACAGCUGCACUACAGGAGCCACAAAUAUGGCAGCACGCUGUGUGCUUCUGAUUCACCACCGCUUAAGCAGGGUAGCAGCUCUCUCAAUAUGAAAUGGCAUGCGAGUCUUUUACAUAUUAUAAAAAGGCAAAAUUUGCUACAUGGCAUCGAAAAAACGCGUAAUUAAC